GAUAAAGAAUAUAUUGAGUUUUAUGAUUGUGAACGUGAAAUGAACGAUGAACUCUUCGAUCAAUAUAAGAUUGUUGAACGUAUUAUUGCGCAUCAAGUAUCGCGUGAAAAAGGUGAAGUGGAAGGUACGGAAUACUAUGUGAAGUGGUCUGGUUUGCCGUAUUCGGACUGUACAUGGGAAGACGAGCAUUUGAUUGGCAGAAAGUAUCAGGAUAAGAUCGAUGCGUAUCACGCGAGACGUGAGAAUGCGAAGAUACCGAAUAAGAAUUGUUCGGUUGGUGAUGAUUUGAAUUGUUGUUGA